UUGAGCUCAAAUAUUGAUGCUCAGUCCAUAGCUUAUUAAAUUUCUCAUUUUGUCUAAUUCAUUCUGCGAUCGACUUUUGACCUAAGUGGACUUAAGUUUGAAUCACAGCUGGACUUUCUUAUCAAAAUAUUGUUUAAUAAAAUCCAAAAAGUGCUGAAAAUUGUAAAAAAAAAAGUUGAAAAGGAACCGAGAAGCAAUAAACAUGACUAAAAUUGUUCUCUUGCUGUUUUGUGUCAUUGGAGUUAAUUUAGAUUUAUCAGCAUCGACAAGCAUUGAGUGCAGCUACAAGACUCGUGAUUGGAACAUUGUUCAAAAUGUAUAUCACUGCCCAGUCAAUAAAAAUCCAAGGAUAACAACUCGAGAAUCAGCGGCAAUAACUUCCAUUUCUGGAACUCAUCAAAAUGGAAUGACAAAUUCUGAUGUCGGUGGCUUUUAUGCCUAUUCAAGAACCAUAAAUUAUUUCCCGCGUGGUUUAGAAACUUUCUUUAAAACUAUUAAAAUCAUUCAAAUUUAUGACUGUAAUUUAAAGGAAGUCCAUCAAGAAGAUUUGAAGCCAUUUCCUAAUUUAGUUGAGCUUUAUUUGCGUUUUAAUGAUCUGGAAGUUCUCGAAGAGGGUCUUUUUGACUUUAAUCCUGAUUUACAUUACAUUGGCUUAAAUUACAACAAAAUUGUCUACAUCGGACCGAAUGUCUUUGAUCAUUUAACUAAAUUAAGAGACCUUUCCUUACAUUCUAAUCUGUGCAUUUCCAAAGAAGCUAAAAAUUCAAUAUCAGAAGUCAAAAAUGUCAUUCAAGCUAUAAAAUCUCAAUGUAAUAUAAACACCACAACAACAACAACAACACAACCUCCAACAACUACUCAAGCUCCAACAACAACAACACAAGCUCCAACAACAACUUCAACAACACCAAAAAGCAUCAAUUUCGAAUCAUGCUUAGAACUGGAAUCAAAAAUCGACAACAUUGCAUCAAGUUUAAAGGAUUUAAUAGGCCAGCCAUCGAAUGAAGCAUUCAGCAACAACAACAACCAAUGUGAAGCCUUUACUGAAGCUUUGAGGAACCAAAGUGAAGCCAUUGGAAGAAUUGACAACAGAACUGAAGCACUUACUGAAGCCAUGGACACAAAAUUGGAAAUUCUCAAAGAAAAUGUUGAAAAUACAAGAACUUUGUCACUCAGACAGAUGCAAAACUUUAAAGACGAGGUCAAGGCUGAUCAUGCUGAACUUUUGGAUGCAAUCAGAUUGAGGACUGACAAGAUUGAGAAGAACAUUGAGGAACUGAACCAGAAAUUGACAAAUAUCAUGAAAGCUCUGAAGAUUGACAGCUAAAAUGGGAUCAUUAAGGCACAGACCACGGACAUUGACUUAUUCUUUACAAUUUUAUAAAUCUUUUAAU